CAGCAGCGCACGGCAACUGGAGAUCGUAGAUUUGUGCUGUACAGUUUUUUAUGAAAAUAAAAUUCUUUCAGGCUAAGUAUUUCGUGAAAGUUGCAAUGUUAUUGUGAGUUUUUAUAUUCUAGUGCAUCAGCAAUGUGAUACAAGCGAGUUUCAUAUGAAAAGUGUUCAAUUUGUGCGUUUAGAACGGCGACGGUACGGAUGGAAUGUCGCUGUAUACAAAGCGUUAGACAUGAUGGUGGGGCGCAUCAACCUGCGGGCGGCGCUGGGCGCGCUCUGUGUGCUUGUGAUAUUGCUCAUGCUGUUUUGGAGCCGCUGCGGGGAGCUCUCCCAUCGGCCCAUAGGCACAAACCCCCUAUCAGAGCGCACCACAGCGUUAGACGUCAUCGAGUGUUCUAUCAACACCGAGUACUCCGUCGCGUGCAAGCGGGACCGGGACGAAGUAUAUAUACCUUUCUCAUUCAUCCACAAGUACUUUGAGGUAUAUGGCAAAAUAACAGCGACAGAUGGCGUGGAAAAAUUCGAAUGGUCCCAUAGCUAUAGCAAGAUCUACCAUCCUAAGAAGAAAUACGACCCUCGAGGCACCUUCACCACUUUCGAAAACUACAAUGUCGAGGUGCGGGACAGGGUGAAGUGUAUCAGCGGGGUCGAGGGCGUCCCAGUGUCUGUCCAGUGGGAGCCGAGAGGGUUUUUCUACGCUACACAGAUUGCUCAAUUCGGAUUGGCCCAUUACAGCAAAAACGUAACGGAACCGGAGCCGAGGCGAAGGGUGCUGGACGACGGAGAAAAGUACAUAGAAGACUGGAUCGUGAGUAAGGACGCGUACAUGGCGCGCGACUUCGACGCGGAGCUCCACACUAACGUCAUGCGGUUCUCGACGUCUGACCACCCGACCAGCCAAAUCUGGUUGAAGGUGAACGUGUCCCAAGACUUCGUGCUGAGCUUAGACCUGGUGAUGAAGAAGAAUUCCUCGCUGACCGUUGUCCUUCAGAACAAGGAGAAGAAGGAGACCUUCUACCUGCAUUAUGUCACCUCUCCGCAUCUGAUAAAAGCCAAGGGUGAACACAUUUACUACGGUGUCGGCGCGGAGCCACAGUGGCGGCGCGUGACGCGCGACCUGAUCGUGGACGUGCAGAAAGGCUGGGCGCUGCUGGACCGGCCCAAGCGGAAGGCGCCUAGGAAUAAGUUCAAGAUUGCGAGUAUAAUACUGAGCGGCGUGGGAGCCAUAGACAAUAUAACCGUGUCGUCGAGCGAACACAUGUCACAUUUCUUCGCGGCUGCAAGAUGGCUGACGCGCCACCAGAGCGUAACUUCCGGCGGGUGGCCCAUACCUGUGCGCAGGCGCAUCGCGUCCCUGGAGCUCAAGCCUGGCUGGUACUCGGCAAUGAGCCAAGGUCACGCGAUCUCGGUGCUGUCCCGCGCGUACUCGCGCAGCGGCGACGCGGAGUACGUGCGCGCGGCGCGGCGCGCGCUGCAGCUGCUGGACGUGCCCAGCCGCAUGGGGGGCGUCAAGGCGCUCUGGAUGAACGAGUAUGUGUGGUAUGAGGAGUAUCCAACAACGCCAUCGCUCUUCGUGCUAAACGGCUUCAUAUACACGCUACUAGGUUUGUAUGACCUCCACAUUCUCGAGGGCAAGCCCUCCAGGUCCCAAGCGAAGAAAAUGUUCGACGACGGUAUGACGUCACUCAAAACUUUACUACCGCUGUUCGACACCGGCAGCGGCAGUUUCUACGACUUAAGACACGUGACGUUAGGUGUGAGCCCUAAUAUAGCUCGUUGGGACUACCACGCGACGCACGUCAAUCAGUUGUAUCUUCUGGCAGGCCUAGAUGAUGACCCUAUAUUGAUUAACACCGCGAAACGGUGGGAAGGAUAUAUGCAAGGGAAGCGCGCUGCGCACAAUUGAACUGACAGCAGAUGGCGCUGUUGCGCUGACGUUUGGCAGUUCUGACAGAUCGAUGAAUGAAGUCGGUUUCGCAUUUUGGAUUCGAUUCAAAAUUGUCGAAAAUGGAGCGUUAGCUGAGCUGAUAUUUGCUCUAAUUUAAUGGACAGGUUAAGUUUAGAAUGUGAAUUUGAAGUGAUUUUUGCUCCGACAUUGUGAUUGUUUAAGUUCUCAGGAUGAAACCUGCGAAUUUGAAGUAAGGCUGAUUCUUUUUGCAGUUUGGUGUUGAUGGUCAAAUGUCGGGUUUGUACAUGUACUUAACUGACUAACUUAAUAAGUAGUGAAAUUUACACCUUGGUGGGUACAGUGAGAAUAUGUUUUUUGUUAUUAGCAAAAGUGCUAAAAGACAUCUGUUCUUAGCUUAUAUAGAAUUCAUCUCCUAACAUGACUGUUAUCAGGAUGUAGGAGAAAACAGACUUUAUUUCAAUAUAUAUGUAACGUUGAUAAUAAAGUGGCUGUUUUUCACAUUUAAGUUUCUGUAAAUACGUAUGUAGUAUAAUUUUUUGACAGGCCGAAUAAAGUUGGGUUUAUUUUUCCACUUUAUCCUCGAAUAUGAAGGACGUUUGGUAACUUUUGUAUAAAUUGAAGUACAAAAUAAAUAAAUUCCUUGGACUACAAAAUACAUCGGAUUUUACCUAAUCUUGAUUACCUAGUAACAAGUUAGGUAAUGUUUAUCUACUGUUGUAUUUAUGGCAGAAGAGAAUACAUACAAUUGAAAUAUAGUUUGUUCCGAUCAAAAAAAAAUACUUUAUAAACAAUCUUGAAAGAACUUUUAAAAAUAUUUUUUUAAGGCACAAUAAAUAAUUAUAUAUUAAGCAUUCUAUACAUAAAUUUAGCUUAUACAUUUUGAUUAGUAAGUAGAUAAUUUCAUAUGUUAAAGUUUAUUUCCAUUUUAAGAAUUAUAUGCAUUGGAAAUACACUAAAAUAUUGUUUAAAGGUAUUUUUUUUUAUUGGAACAGACUAAAGACAUUAAUAAUUUAAUAUUGUAAUCUUUUUAUUAGGAUUUCUCUUCGUGCAUACAGAACUGGAUAGUUAUUAAGCUACAAUGCAUCACAACAUUUUGUACUUAAUUGUGUAGGUAGUAAGAAUAAUUUUCUUUUAACGACAAAGGAAUUCGUCAUAUCAUUGUAAACACAUAUACAUAGAUAAUUAUUUCUCAAACGCUGUAUAUUUCGAAUUAAUUUAUUUUUUAAAUUCUGCCAAUUUCGUUAUCAACGAUUUAUUAUUGUUUUAUUUUUAAAUAUGCUAAUGCCAUUUGAAGAACACUUGUUAUUUUAAGUGCAAACUGAAAAUAUUUUAUUUAUUUAUUAUUGAGUUCUAAUUUCGAAUAAAAACCGUAAUAAAUAGUAAACGUUAUGCUUAAGCCAUUUUGAUCCAAUCAGAAGAAUCUUUAUUUGUUAUAAUUGUUUGUUAAUACAUAUUUAUUAAUAGUAAUGUGAAUGAAAAUGAUGGUUUACAGGCUUAAACUGUUCUAAAAGACUAAUAUUAAAACUAACCUUUUUUUGUUAUUUGUUCUAUUAGUAUGUAAUAUUACAUGAAUAUAGUUAAAACCUUUAUUAGCAAACCCUAUAAUUUUCAGAAUAUAAUCGUGAACAUUAUAAAUUAAACUUUUGUUAUAAGGAAAUCGAAAAAUGCUAAUUUGUAUAAUUUUAUAAUAUUUUUUAAAGCUUAAAUCAAUGCAUUAAUUGCAAAAUAUCCUAAUAUGUAGAUUCCGUUCUGAGAUCAAAUAACUGUAUUUUUUAUGUUUUUAAAAUCUUGACCGUAAGUAGUAUUAUCUGUUAUACCUGCAUAUAUAUUGUGCCAAUAACUUCUCUGCUUACAUACUCAAUAGAAUCAUAUAUCUUGCUAAUAUUUGCACAAUUGCCCCAAAAUAGAUCUUUUUAAUAAAUUUGUAUAUAUUAUUUUCUCGUGGACAGGCUGUGAGCCGAAAGCACAAAUUUUAUACGCAAUUGUCACGUCAAUGUCUUAAAGUAUUAAUCGCACAAAAUAUAGGUACAGUGGUCAUUUUCCAUUAGUCAUUUCUAUUGUAGUACCACAUAAUUAGGCAAUAGGGGGCUAACGUGAGAUAAUCAUGUAAUUUUAGAACAAAUCAAAUGUUAUGCUUUUUCAACAGACAUUUUGUCUCAUUAUUCUAAAUUAGAACCAUGCCCCAUUGAUCCGUUGCGCUCCGGCGUCCUCCAUCACGUUGACAUCCGUCGACGGACAACGUAGAAAUUGUAUGGAGAUUCGACGCACAAUCAUUACAUUAAUUACAUACAAACGCAUCUCGUCGAAACCUAUAGAAAGUAACGGACGUGUUGCGUCGUCGCAAUAGAGCACGACUGUGUAUUGGGGUUUGGCUCUUAAGUGAUAGUGACUUAUUGAAUCAUUGUGUGUUGCGAACAUGUUACAUAUGUAACAUUUAAUAUUAUAUAAUUUAACAUUAUACAGUCUAGCCAUAUAUACUCGUACAUCGCAAGCUGGCUAAAUAGAGUGAAUAGUGGUGUAACGACCUUCAAUUUGUCAUUUGUACUGAAUACUGAUUUAUAAUAACAACAUGUAUAUGGCCAUGUAAGAGCUGUACAGUACUACCGCAUUUAUAAGUUACAUCGGCAAUAUUCGACGGCGCAGAAUAGCGCGUCCUACCGCCGAAUCAAACCGGAUACAAACUCAAUAAAAUAACGAUCAUAUUACUAGGACAUAAGUCUUAAAAUAAAAAAAAAUAUUCGUCGACGGCGCGGACUCCAGACAUGGCGCGUACGCGUCAGCCAAUAGCGGACAGCUCUGUUCGCGGGUAAACAUGGCGCGCUCUGAUUAGCUAAAAUAUUUACAAAAAUUAGAUUUCUGCGCAGGUACAUCGCUAUCAUAACAACAGCGACUAUAAAAUGAACUAACUUUGGCAAAAGAAAUAUAAAGAUAUUAUACGUAUGGUGGCCCCCUCGACUAUGGUCUUGGCCUUUAAGGCUUGUUUGAGUUGAAAUCUCGAGUACAAAAAUCUAUAUUAAUCUUAUUGACAAGACUGUAGUCUGUACAUUUGAUGAGCGCUUAAGACGAUUUACGCGUAUCAAUAUACCCGCAAUUAUGUUGUAUCAGGAGUUAUUUGCUUUAUGUGUGCAAAGCAAAAUGAUCUUUGUUAUUUCGAAAAUAGUCUUUGUCUGGUUGUCAAAGUAUUUGCAUGUUAUCUAUGUCGAAUAAUUCACAAUGUUUUUCAAUAAUAAUAAUGAAUAAUGUCAUUUUCUUGUUUCUUAUACAACAUACUAUUUCUUUCUAUCUGAAAAGUCAUUUAUACAAAACGCAGGGAAAGUUAUAAGAAUUUUCUUUUUUAUUUUCGAACACAAAUCUACAGUGUAAUUUGUUAAAAAUAAAGACGAUUUUGCUUUAGGCGGUAAUAAAGCAGAUAAAUCUUUUGAAAUUAUAUCCUUUAUCGUAGGUCUUUUAGAAACUAUUAGUGAACAUUCCAAUAUAAAUGAGCUUAUUAAUAAGUAGUUAUUGUAAAUAGUUCGUUAUCGCCUAUUUUAUUGUUUAAUUUAUUGUUUUUUUUUGUAAUGAAAGCGUGGGAGAUUAUUGUUAAAUGAAAUUUUGAGGUGUACUUGAAAAUUAUGGUUGUUUUUACGUAAUCAUAAGAAAUAUACUUAUUAAUUCAUUUCCGACUUUAAAGAUGUGAUAAAGUAAAAAUGCCGUAAUUUUCAGGCCCAUAACGCCCUCUUCUGAAUGUUUAUGAAUAGAAUGUGACUGAUAGCUGUAUACAAGAAUGCUCUGUAUCUAUAACAUGAGUAGUUGUAGAAUUAGCGAAUGCACUUGUGGAUGACAAUAAAUCGUCUCAAAUUAA